AUGGAAACACAGCUUUACGAUGUCCCCCACGAGCCCCAACGUGUUCUCGAUGUUCCUUCGGACUGCAAUGACAUCAUGCUCCGCGGAGGUGACACCAGUGGAGUUUACUCGAUUGUACCACGUGACAAUGCCGCGCCUCUCAACGUGUCUUGUGAACUCUCAAGAAACACAAACAUCCAUCGUAUAACCAGCCAGGGUCACUAUGAUCUGAGAAUUGACUUGGGAGACUUUCAGGGUCACACAGCCUACGCUUUGUAUAAGGACUUCUCCCUCUCUUCAGAACAAGAUUACUUCCGGUUGACAGUGGGGUCAUGUAGCGGAAAUGCCGGAGACAGCCUAACCUCCCACGAUGGAUACAGGUUCUCCACCAGAGACGUGGAUAUGGAUGGAAGUCCUAAUGAUUGCGCGCGGGCAAGCUCUGGAGCGUGGUGGUACCAUGACUGCUACGAGUCUAACCUCAACGGUCCUUAUCUCGGAGAAAACCAUCCUGCUGGCGCGCGGGGCGUCAACUGGAAUGACUGGAUCUUCUUUCACUCACUGAAGGACACGUCGAGUAUUUUAUAUAGUCUGUACUAUCUCGAUUUGGAGCGGAUUACUCAUAUGAUCGAUUUUGUGAUGUUCGGAAACACAAACACCCAUCGUAUAACCAGCCAGGGACACUAUGAUCUGAGAAUUGACUUGGGAGACUUUCAGGGUCACACUGCCUACGCUCUGUAUAAGGACUUCUCUCUUUCUUCAGAACAAGACUACCUCCGGUUGACAGUGGGCCAAUUUAGCGGAAAUGCCGGUAAAAUCCAUUGA